UCUGCAGGCUGGACAACAGCCGGUACAAAUGGCAACACAAAACCCAAAUGAGAAUCAGCAAAUGAGUUAUGCUUCUCCGCGCGCAAAGUUGGAAACAUUUCGAGUAUCUCAGCAUCUGCUCCUUCUCCAUGGCAAUACACCACAACCCCCAAACUUAUAUCUUCCUUCUAUUAACGGUCAACUAGUUUAUGCUAGAAUGGCGCAAGGUGUACCGGGAGCCAUAAAUUUGAGUGCUUCUGUGUUCAACAACAGCAGCAAUGGUGCAUUAAGAAGUGAGAGCAAUGAAAGAGAACAUGAUACGCUGCCAGUGAGAGUGCAAGCUAAUGAAAUUCUGAACACUCAGAACCUCACUCCAUUUCCAGGAAACGUACCCAAUUACUUAACUGCUCCCUCAGACAACAACAGCAUCAAGUGCCAUCAACAACAACAACAACAACAACAACAACACCAACAACAGCAACAGUAAUAUAGGGUGGCCCUCAUUUCAGUCACCUGUACCGAACCUGGACUAGGUUUUGGAUAAUUCAAAUGCUUA